ACCAACUCCAAAUCCUUUCAGAAAGCCGUUUUUAUCUUGCCACGUCGUCCUUUUUCAGUUUCGUUUCGCGCCAACCGCGUUUUUUCCCAAAAGGACACGUCACCCUUCAAACGUCGUCGUUCUCCACACAUUAUUCAUUCCAAAAAACGAAAAUUCCUAAAUAUCAGGAAACCGAGAGAUUCUCUGUCUCUCUGUUUAGGGUUUUUCGGUAUAUUCUCUCUCUCUCUUAUCCAUUUCUGUAGCUUCAAAAAUGGUUUCUCUCUCCCUCUUCUCUUUCUCUCCCACAGCUCACUCUGAUUUUCCCUCUUCUUCCGAUUUGUAUUUAUCUACCCAAUUCCGGCUCAGUUCUUCGACCUCAGCCUGUAAUUUUCAUGGAGUCGGGAUUGGUAGUCGGAAUAGGAGGAGAAAUGUGCGUCGGUUUGUGGUCCGGUCGACCCACUCCAAUGCCAGGAUUCUCAAGCCCAAACGGAAGUCGAGGUUUGGUCAGACUUUGUCGCCUUUUGAUAGCGAUGAAGAUGGGGAGGAUGUGGAUGAGUUUAGCAGUGAUGGGGAUGAUGAUGAUGCUUGGUUGGAUAAUGGUGAUUUCUCGGAUGUUGAAUAUGAUGCCAAAAGAAAGAGAACGAGGUUGCAAAGCAGAACCAAAAGUAACAACUCACAGCGAGAUAACUUGAGACAUCCCAGAGAAAGCAGGGGUAUAAGAUCAUCUAACGAUGGGAAUAGUUUUGAAGUUAACACCAACCGCCUUGAUUUUCAAGAUAGCACAAAUGAUACUGUAAAACAAGACUUCACUAUUGAGGAGGAAGUUUGUUCUACCAACAUAGGCAGGAAAGGAAAGUUGAUGACCAAGAAGGCUAUGGAAAUUAGAUUUCCUCGUCUGGCAGAAGAAAUAGAAUUGGAUGAGAAAUGGUUUCCUCUACUUGAUUAUCUUACAACAUUUGGGCUCAAGGAAUCACAUUUUCUCCAAAUGUAUGAGAGACACAUGCCGUCUCUUCAAAUAAAUGUUUAUUCUGCUCAAGAAAGACUAGAAUACUUGUUAAGUGUUGGUGUCAAACAGAGGGAUGUCCGAAGAAUACUCUUGAGACAGCCCCAAAUUCUUGAGUACACAGUAGAGAACAAUUUGAAAUCCCAUGUUGCUUUCUUACUUAGUUUGGGAAUCCCAAAUUCCAGAGUGGGGCAGAUCAUUGCUGCUGCUCCAUCUCUAUUUUCUUAUAGCGUUGAGAAUUCAUUAAAACCCACCGUCCGAUACUUGGUUGAGGAAGUUGGCAUCGAGGAAAAGGAUUUGGGUAAAGUUGUGCAACUGAGUCCUCAAAUCCUGGUUCAACGAAUUGAUAUAUCAUGGAACACCAGAUAUAUGUUUCUUUCAAAGGAAAUUGGAGCUCCUCGUGAUAAUGUAGUGAAGAUGGUAACUAAACAUCCUCAACUCCUCCAUUAUAGCAUCGAUGACGGGUUACGACCCAGGAUCAAUUUCCUUAGAAGUAUUGGAAUGCGAAAUUCAGAGAUCUUGAAAGUCUUAACUAGCCUUACACAGGUCUUUUCUCUGUCUCUGGAGGAUAAUUUGAAGCCGAAAUACAUGUAUCUGAUCAACGAACUCCGUAACGAAGUGAAAUCCCUGACCAAAUAUCCCAUGUAUCUAAGCUUGUCCUUGGAUCAGAGAAUUCGGCCUCGACACCGGUUCCUAGUUUCUCUUAAGAAAGCACCCAAGGGCCCAUUCCCUUUAAGUUCCCUCGUUCCAACUGAUGAAUGCUUUUGUCAGCAGUGGGCUGAAACCAGCCUAGAUAAGUAUCUUGAAUUUCGGAAGAGAUUACUAUUGAAGGAGUUUGCGCAGAAAUAUGAAAGGAGAUGAUAACAUAGUUGAUCAUCAUAUUACUCUCAAGUGAAAUAUCUUAGAUUGCGCCUCGGUGUUCUUCCAUCUACACUGACAUGAAAUGAAAGUACUGAAAUAGAUGACACAAGUUCUCUAAUCCUUUAUAUCUACUGCAGUUUCCUUUUGGCAGGUUAUUACAGUGUCCGACUUCGUGAAUGUUAUGGUGAGAGUUGUUUAUGAACAUUGAUGUGCUAGCCAUUCGUUUUUCUCGUUGCCAUCAGCUUAUGAACUACUCCAGUUUAGAGUUCAGUGAUGGCUGAAAUUCUUUGGUAAGAUUAAAGGUGGAAUUCUUACCUGCCGUGCCUACUGCACUUGAUCAUUCAAAAGAAGCUGGAGAGCUUGGCACUCGAAUACAUACUGUAAGGUCUCGUUUUGAAGCUUGUAAACGGAAACUCUUGUAAAUCCUUUCAAAGAAUUGGAGGAGGGGCAUUGUAUAAUGAGCAUAUAAAUUCCAGCCUUCCAGGUGGUUUGGUCUUUCUAUGCCCUGAAAGUUGUAAUUGACACCAAUUUUGGUCGUUAAAUAGUGUAAUUGACACAAAUUUUGGCCUUUCGCUAACGGGAAUUCACUUCUUUUUCCUCU